CUGGCCCCUGGCCCUCCCCACUGCCUCGGCGUGCAGGGAAUUGUCUGGGCACAUGGGGAGCGUGCCCAGCAACAGCGCUGUGAUUGUCUGUGUGGACAGUAAGUUUGCUGGGAGACCUGCAAAAAUUUUCAAAGAGAAAUUUAGAAGAAGGAGUCCAAGAGUGAGUCCAGAAGAGUCCAAGAGAGCAGUCCACAAGAAGAAGAAUCUGUCUGCAGUGCAGUUGGUCUCUCUGCAGAAGAGAAGUUGUGAGAGAAGCCUAGCUGAAAUUACUGGUAGAAAAGGAAGAGUCAGGCUGGAUUGAGCCCCAGACCUGCACAGUAAUGAGAACAAGGGACUGCCCAGCAUGCCAGAAGCUGAAGGAAGAAAGUACAGAGGACUCUGAGUAGGGCCCAGUAUAGAGCCAGGCUGAAGGCAUUUCGACGCCUCUUUCCGAGAAAGAGUGCCAGGGUGAUCCCUGCUGCUACGGAGAGUGCAAAGGCGGAGCCAGGAAACAGCAAGCUCACUGCAUUUGCCCUGGCUGACAAUAUGAAGGCUGAUCUUGAGUGGGAGAGGCUGAUGAAAGCAGCAUGCCAGGAUCAAUAUGGGUCCAAAGAGCUGCACCUCAUUUUAGAGUUUUUCAACUCGGGAUUAAAGAAUGUGGAAAAGCAGCCUGGCUUCCACAUGAUGAGGAAAUUUGUCAGAUCCACCAUGGAGCUGAUGCAGGCAUCCUCAGAACAUCCGGAUCCAAUGCCAAUAUUCACCGCGGCCAUGCUGACCUUGUAUAAAAUCAGCAAAACUGAGACCCUGAGAAAAAGACAGGAGGAGUGCGUCCUGAAGCAGGCACUGCAGAGCCUGGCGAAGGUGCAGGGGAGCAGGAGAGCAGACCUUAGCCAGACACUCUGGGGGAAAGCCCAGGAGGCAUUUGGCAUUCUGCUCAGGGCCUGGCUAAGAAGAGACCCCUCCAUCACACACCUUCUGAUGCUCAUGAAGAUCCUGGAUGGCUACAUUCAAAAGGGAAAGUAUGUCAGACAGCUCUGCAUCUCGAGUGGCACAGCUCUAUUACGGUGCGCCAAGGACAUGGCAAACAUAAAUAUGGAGGAAAUCCUGUGUCAGAUCUCCAAACCUCUAUUGGAAGAUUUUCAAAGGGACAAAUGGAGGACAAAUGAAGAUGACAUCGUUGUGGAAAACCUAGAUGAAGAGGAGCUCUUCUAAAAAAUAAGUCCUAUUUCUAUCUGCCACGAGCAAGCAACUUGGGCAAUGGGAUUUCUUUUCUAUAAGGAGAGUCAGGGUGUCCAUCAGUCUGGCUGGCAAAAUCAGGCCUGAUCUAACAGAGAGCUCGGAAAACCUAUAAGAAGCUCAAGAAAUCCAACCACAAACCAUUCAUUACAAUCUCCAGCCUUUCCCUGAGCCCAUGGGGCAGCUCAGGUUACAACUCCAUUGCAACUGAGCCAAGCCAAGGCUGAAGAGAACAAGAUAAAUUAACAUAUGUGAAGAGGCAAGCUCCAGCUACUUCAUUAGCAGUUGCGGAAGUGCAGCCCAAGGCUAAAGACUUUCUAAAGAAACUCUAGAGCAAACUCGCCCAGCUGCACCAUCCAGUGGUGAAAACGCACACUGCAGCCAAACUUCAAGAGGGACAUGAACCCCAGCACCUGCUAUAUCUGAACCAAACAACAUUCGUCUCCAACCACCUAUAGAGCUGGAGAGAGAAAAUAGAAAGACAGCUAAUAGGAAAAGGAGCUGUGCUCUUUGAAGAAAAAAAGGCCAAAUGCAUAAAAAGGUAAAUGCAAUCACAAGCUGUAUAGAAUGCAUACUAAGUGAAUGUCGUGCUGUCACAUCAGAGGAAGAGAGAAGCCAAUCAACAACAACAAUACCAACAACAACAUUUAUAUACCACUUUUCAACAAAAAGGUCACUGGAGGUACUGAGCUAGGGGUGGAUAGGGCCCAUUACUCUCCCCCUGCUAAAUAAAGAGAAUCACCACGUUAAAAGGUGCCUCUUUACCCACUUAGCAGGUACGUGAAGCACUUAGUGGCCUCUUUGCCCACUUAGGUACGUGAAGCACAAGCACACUGUUUCAGAUAUCUGAAAAUCAUAUGAGACCACCACAACUUCCUAAUCAGAGCCCAGCAACAUGCGGAACACACCCAGUAAUGGUGCCGUGGUUAGAGGACCAGCUAGAGUCUAUGGUGGUGGUGGUCACUGGCCAACCCACCAAGGAAGAAGAAGAUACAGAAGACUGUAGCACACCAUUGUCCCACACCAUUGAGUUGCAAGGCUUGCAAUCCCAAGUUCAAGAACAAAGCGUGCAGUGCAGCAAGGACAUCCACAUCAAUGGAACACCAACCUCACACCUUCAAACUCAAGAAGAAGCAUGGGACUUCAGCACAACCCACACCACAGGAAUGCAAAUGUUGCAGCCUGACACUCCAGGAAACAGUCCAAUUAGAGUGAAGGUUCCAGACCUCCUCACUGAGUACAGGGCACACCAGGUCAUCGACAACAAUGCACACACUAAAUCAUGUCCACUGCAACUAAGGAUCCAUCUCAGUCUUAUAUCACAGUAGCCACGAUGAGAGAAGUGAGAGCAAAGGUAUCGGUUGAAGCAGCCAUGACAAGCAUGGACUAGGACAAACUUGUGGAAGUGCAGGAAGCCAAGGCAGCACAAAGAGAAGCCGAAGUCGCACGCCAAGAAACAGAAUGGAAGAGAUAGAAAGACAAAGGGCCAAGAAAGCAAGAGGUGAUUCUGCACUAAAGAGUCCAAAUGGGAUACGCCUGUCUCAAGAAAGGCAAAACGACAGGAGCUCACAUUAGUUCCUGAGUCCGAGAAUGGUACGGCAGCUUCUUCCCCCAGCGACAAUUCAAUUCCAACCUAUUGUAAUGGCCCAGCUCUACGAUGACGACAAAUAUUUAUAUACUACUCUUCAACCAAAGUUUUCAAAGUGGUUAACAUAGAAAAAUUAUAUAUAAAGAAGAUGGUCCCAUGUCCCCAAAGGGCUCACCAUCUAAAAAGAAACAUAAGGCAGACACCAGCAACAGCCACUGGAGAGAUGCUGUACUGAGGUUGGAUAGGGCCAGUUGCUUUCCCCCUGCUAAAUAUAAGAGAAUCUCCACUUUAAAAGUUGUCUCUUUGCUCAGUUAACAGGGCAACCCUCCAGCAACAGUUCAACAGCUCCCAUUUCCAGUGGUGGCUCAGCAGCUCCUACUUCCAAUGCAUCAAGUUGCAGCUCCUGUGCUACCACAGCACCACCGUGGAUCCAUGGAUGUUUCAAUUGCUCAGCACCACCUCCUCCACUCACGCAAGUCACAAUUGGUCGAGCAGACCUCACCAAGUGUCUAGCUUGUCAGAAACACUAGACUCUAGAAGUUCAGUGACCAACCAGGUGACUAUUGAUCCUGGAGGGAAAUUAGAGAAGGAUUUUGAAGCACAACUUUAUUUCAGUGUUAGCUGUGAUAAGAUGUGAAUGGAGGGCCCAUUUAGCCAUUUCUCUUCAAUGGCAUAAUAAAUUCUAAUUUUUUCACCGGCUGUCCCAUGGUAAUCUUUUA